AUGAACACGCAAGACCUCCUCAUACUCGGCGGGGUCGUUGUCGCUGUAGCCGGAGCCUAUCUCGUAUGGUCAAGUAGCAGCAAAUCAACUGCGAAAACGUCGGCAAAGCUGUCUGUCACUGAAGUCGACAAGAGUAAAGGCCCUGCAAAGAAGAGUGGAAAGAAAUCCUUCCUCGAGGAACUACGAGGAGCAGAAUCACCAAACACAUUCAUCCUCUUCUAUGGCUCACAAACAGGAACCGCCGAAGACCUCGCCACCCGCGUCGCAAAAGAAGCUACAACCGAAUACGGCAUAAAUUGUAUAGUAUGCGAUCUCGAAGAAUACGAUGCAGAAGAAUUCUCCCAACUACCAUCAAAGGAUGAAUUGGAGAUGGAAGGCAAGAAAUGGCUGACAGGGUUCUUCAUGGCUACAUAUGGUGAAGGAGAGCCAACUGAUAAUGCGGUUGAAUUCUAUAAUUGGGCUUUGGAAGGACGUGGUAAAGGAGAGGAUUUAGGUGUUGAUGAGGAUACCACUUGCGAUGAUCCGAAAUUGCCUAAUAUGAGUUAUGUCAUGUUUGGGUUGGGGAAUAAGACGUAUGAGCAUUUCAAUGCUACUGCGAGGCGAUUGGAUUUGAAGUUUGAGUGGUGGGGUGCUACGAGGGUUGGGGAACGUGGUGAAGGCGAUGAUGAUGGAAGUCUCGAGGAAGACUUUUUGAACUGGAAACCAAAAGCAUUUGAAGCCAUUGCUGAAUUCUUUGGAGUCACAAGUAGUGGUGGAAGUGGUACCAAACGUGAAGAUCCUCACAUCCCAUUAUUCGAAAUAACUGAAUAUGGUAUUGCUACCGUCGACGCUGCACCCGAAGGUCUUUCACCAGAUCAUAUAUACUGGGGUGAACUUACGGCCACUGCUACUCGUCGAUGGGCUCCAGCUGCAAUCACUAAUGGUAGUGCUGAUUCUGAAACGAAUGGUCAUGCUAACGGUGACGCUAACGGGCAUGCUAAUGGUCAUGCCAAUGGAAGUGUUAAGGAUCCAGUCAAAUACUCUGAAGUCAAGCCAAAGAGGACUACCUAUGAUAUCAAACACCCAUACUAUGGUCGUCUUGUAAACGGUCGUCCACUCUACAAAGACGUAGACGAUGUCUUCUCCUUUGAUCCCGCAAACCACAAGAUGCCUAAAUCCGUAGAUUCCGCAUUAGCCACCAUCAAGGAUGGUGAUGUCUCCAUCAAACGACAAUGCUACCAUCUAGAACUUGAUAUUGAAGGAUCAGGAAUCAAAUACGAAACAGGUGAUCACGUUGGCGUUUUCCCAGCGAACAGUGAUGAAGAAGUCUUGAAAUUGGCCAAAGUAUUGGGUAUCAAUGGGGACGCUGAAUUGGACAAAGUAGUCAAUUUGAAACCAAAUUCGGCGAAUUCUACUGCUGGAAUGGCUAAAGCUCCCUUCCCAUUGCCAUGUACUCUACGAGCUGCGUUAAAGUAUUAUUUGGAUUUGAGGACUUCGCCAAAGCAGUUUUAUUUUGAGAUAUUGGGCAAGUUUGCUGAGAGUGAAACUGAGCGAAAUGCUCUGUUUGAGAUUGCAGACAACCGUGAAAAGUACAAUGUGGUCAUUGAUAAAGCUCAAAAGACAUUGGCUGAGAUUUUGAUCGAGUUCCCAUCAGUCAGGGUUCCCUUGGCUGUCGUAUUGGCCGAAUUAUUACCAAGGACUGCAGUCAGAUACUAUUCCAUAUCCUCAUCAAACAAAAAGUCACCGUCUCGAGUUGGAGUCACUUCCGUAGUAGUUCGAUAUGCCAUUUCUUCGCCACAUGCUGCUGCCGCCGAAGACACGUCUUCAUCCGUCGUCAUCAAGGAAGGAUCAGCAACAUCAUGGUUGCAACGAAUCCAAGAAACCGGCAAAAGCUGCACUGAAUCAACCAUACUACCACCUGUACAUGUCCCCCUGUAUAUCCGUACCUCUACAUUCAGGUUACCACGGGACUCACGAGUCCCCGUCAUAAUGAUUGGCCCAGGAACAGGAGUAGCACCAUUCCGAGGUUUCGUCCAUGAUCGUCUAAUAGAUUCCGAGAAUGGUAAAGAUGUGGGACCCACUUGGCUCUUUUAUGGAUGUCGACACCCGGAUAAAGAUUUCUUGUACCGACAAGAAUUUGAAGAGAUUGAAAAGUCUGGCAAGACGAACUUUAAAUUGAUUACGGCCUUUUCACGAGUUAAGGGGGCACCGAAAGUCUAUGUACAGAACAAGAUGAGUGAAUAUAAGGCAGAGUUGUGGGAUAUGUUGAGUGCUAAACGUGGUUAUGUUUAUGUUUGUGGUGAUGCUAAGAAUAUGGCUGCUGAUGUGAACAAGAUGCUGGCUACCUUGGCUGCAGAGGUUGGCAAGAUGGAACAAGUGGCUGCUGAUAAAUGGGUCAAGGAUCUUAAAUCAGCCAAGCGUUACCAAGAGGAUGUAUGGUCGUAA